AUGAAUUAUACGCUCACAGGCACUACAUGUGAAAAACUCACCCGAAUUCCCUGUUCCUCGGAAACAAUAAGGGCACGUUUGGCCGGAGUGAACAUUCCUGCGGCACUUUCUGCAGAGAAGGACGAUGCGCCAGACGCUGUUCAGGGGUUGCAGGCGGUCCCUAGGGUUUGUGCUGUUGAUCCGGUGGCCACAGCAGUGGCAGUUGGAGCUGGUCUCGUGUCCUCUUCUCCGGCGGCGGUGGGGGAGCAGCAGAUGAAUAGGACGCCGAAUUCGGCGGGACGGUGGUCAGCCCGGGCUUGGGGUUGGAUUCAACCGACUUAUCCAACUUCCAAUACCAUCAAGUCAUUCUGGUGUUGGAUUAACUCCAAUCCCCUCUUCCAUUGUACAAAUUUUGUGAUAGCCAAAGGCAUACCAACCUCCACGAUAGCUUUAGCUUGGGACAUAGCUUUAGAGUUUCGGUACUGGAUUGGAAUAUUCAGAAGAGGCUCAACUAGAUUCUUAUCUUUGUGGACCUUAGUUUCCGAAACUGAAGAUGCUCCAACUACCCUUAUGUCAAUCUCUCUUACUUCUAGAAGAUGA